ACUUUUUGAGUACCAACGUUAGGUCGAAAGAUCUACGGCCGUCGUUAACAUCAAACGACACAGUUUGGUUUACAGAGCGAAAGUAACAAUGUUUCGACGUCUCUGCGCCGCCGUCCACAAUCGACUUCAAGUGACUGCCACUUUCGGCCAUCGUCGGACAGCCGCCCCCUCCUGCCCACACUUUCUGGAAUUCGUCAAACCCUAUUCUGCUUCCUCCGUCGGCGCCGACGAUCCCUCAUCCCUGACCGCUUCCUCCCUCAUCAGAUCGUGCGGGAUCUCCGACCGUGCCGCCCUCUCCAUCUCCAAGAAAGUCCAGCUCGACACCCUCGACAGAGCGCUCUCGGUUCUCACCCUCCUCAAGGACUACGGCUUCGACGAAGCGCAUCUCGUCCGCCUCGUCGACCGCCUUCCUCGUGUCCUCGUGAUGGACGCCGAGAAGACCUUGAGGCCAAAGUUGGAGCACUUCCGCAGGAUCGGCCUCGUCGGAACCGCCCUCUCAGAGAUCCUGUCAGCUAAGCCCGUUCUGCUCGGCUACAGCGUAGAGAAGCGAUUGCUCCCCAACGCAGAGCUCCUCAAAUCAUUUUCGAUAACGAAUGCGAAACUUGUGAAUGCCAUAAAGAGCUCACCUUGGUUGAUGACCUUAGACAUCAGAACCAAACUGCUUCCCAAGGUCGAUGCUCUGCGCGCAUACGGCGUGCCCGAUGAUGUAAUCUUAGUGCUUUUCACCGGUUACGGCUACGCUUUGCUGACAGAUACAGCUCGAUUCAAUGAGGCCUUUGACAAGAUCAAGAAGAUGGGAAUCUGUCCGAAGAAAACUACUUUCGCCCGUGCACUCGGGAUGCUUGCUCUGUUGCCCGAGAAGAAGUGGGUGGAGAAAGUAGAGAACUUUAUGGGAUUGGGAUGGUCACAGGAUAAUGUGUUGGAGGCCUUCUCAAAACAGCCUCACAUUGUGCGGAUAUCGACUGAGAAGACAAGGAAGAUUGUGGAGUUUCUGGAAGAGAAGCUGGGAUGGACACCGGAGCACACUGUAAAGUAUGCGGUUGUUCUGUCGAUGAGCCUGGAGAAGAGGUUGUUGCCCAGGUGUGCCGUCCUGAGCAUUCUCAUGCACAAGGGAUUAAUCAAGCCUGGCUUCACAGGGAAUCAUUUUCUGAUGUCGAGCAAGAACUUCCAGAUGGAAUUUGUGACCAAGUAUCAAGAGCAAGCUCCAGAAAUAGUCGAAGUUAUUAAAGGAGUGAAAUCCUGUAGAUGAUAACAAUGUGUUCUAGACAAAUUUGCUAACAAGCAAACUUUUCUGUAAGACAAGCCUUACACCAUCCCUCGAGAUGUUCUAAAUUGUUCAGUUGUUACUUGUUACAUGCAUCUUUGCUAGGCUUGUGUAUUAGCUUAAACUCAUUUUAUGGCAUGUUUCUUGUUGCUUAGAGUA